UUCGAUCGCCAGUCUCAGCCCCCGUAUAUGUGUCUGUGUCUGUGUCUCUGAGUCCCUGCAUCUGUAUCUGUAUCUUUAGCUGUGUCUGAGUGCGUGUGUGUUGUGUGUGCCGGUGGCUAAACAAAAUAACCACAAUUAAAAAGCCCAAAAUUGAAAAAGUCUGGUCAAAAUUCAAUUAAUUUUUUUGAAGUGCUCAUGGUGUAAUAACAACAUAAAAGGCAAAUAAAAUAUCUACAUAAAUCCAACUCGUAUUUUUGGUGCUGGGAGAUAUGUAAAAAACCUGAAAACUGCGAAAAAUAAAUUUACCAAAUGAGCUGACAAUGAUCGGAUUGAAAGCGUCGACUCUUUGAGGCAGGCAUCGAAAUCAAACCGAAAACCCACGAAAACCCGCCGGCAACUGAAUCCACUGAAUGCGAGUACUGGCAACCAAAUAGGAGCCCUGAAAUACCUUGUGCCCAGCUAGCAGCUGCAAUAAUGCACAUUUCUGCUGAGGUCAGUUCGACCACCUCAAAUCAAAUACAGCAGCAGCAGCAGCAGCAGCAGCAACAGCAUCAGCAGCAGCAACAACAUCAAACGCUGCAACAGCAGCAACAACAGACAGCAACAACGACGACCACAACGAAGCGGCGAAAUGCUGAGUCCUCUGCCAACAAUAACAACAAUUCCAGCACCACUAACAACAACAAUAACACCACCAAUAAUAACAACAACAACAACAGCACCACGAAUAACAACAACAACAACAGCAAUAAUAAUAAUAAUGUUAAAACAAAGCCCGUGGACACGAGUCCUUAUUUGACCCCCGAGAAUCUCAUCGAACGCACCGUCGACGUCCUGCUCGCCGAACAUCCCGGCGAACUGGUCAAGACGGGGUCACCACAUGUGGUUUGCACCACUUUGCCCACACACUGGCGCUCUAAUAAAACCCUACCGAUCGCCUUCAAGGUUUUGGCAUUGGGCGAGGUCAUGGAUGGCACAAUAGUCACUAUUCGGGCUGGAAAUGAUGAGAACUUCUGUGGAGAACUGAGAAAUUGUACGGCCGUGAUGAAGAAUCAGGUGGCGAAGUUCAACGAUCUGCGAUUUGUGGGCAGGAGCGGCAGAGGCAAAAGUUUCACCCUGACGAUUGUCAUCUCGACGAAUCCCAUUCAAAUUGCAACCUACACGAAGGCCAUAAAGGUGACCGUGGAUGGGCCAAGGGAACCACGAUCCAAGGUUCGGCACCAGGGAUUCCAUCCGUUUGCCUUUGGGCCACAACGUUUUGGACCGGAUCCACUUAUGGCCGGAUUGCCCUUCAAGUUGCCAGGCUUUGCCCACCAUUUGGUCGGGAUGCACAGCCACCUGCACGCGCCCGAUUGGCGUGCCCACAUGGCCUUGGGCGGUCGUCCUGCCGCCUUUCCCGCCGCCCCCUUCUUUGGCCAUCAUGCUGCUGCGGCGGCGGCGGCCUUUCCCACGGCCAGUGGCCUGCGCGGAUUGAGUGGGGACAACCAGCAGCAUCAGCAGCAGCAAUUGGCCACCGUCGGCGCGGCACAUAGCACCACCAGUCCGGAGGGAUCGCCCACCACCACCACCACGAGCGGCACUCAGUUGAGCGCCUUUGUCCAGCCGCCGAUGACGUCAUCGCCGCCACCGGUGACCAGUUUGCAGCACGACAAUAACAACAACAAUAGCAGCAGCAACCACAUUGAUGCCGGUUUCGAAAGCGACAGCAUUUCGGUGACGGGUUCGCCGAGGAAAAGUCUAGGCUCACCAUUGACCCACGACGAGGAGGAGGCGGAAGCGGAGGCGGAGGCGGAGGAAACGGAAUCGGUGGGAUUGAAUCUAAAUAGUGGAGGAGUACAGGGCUCGCUGAGUGAAAGUUCACCCGGUUCGGGUGGCGCCUUCACCGCCCUCAUCCAACGCAGUGGCAAAAAUCCCACGGAAUUAUUUGGCGGUUUUGCUGGAGCCGGUGGCAAUCAUUUUGCCCCCGGCAGCGGUGGUCACAGUUUCAAUCCCGCUCUGGCCGCUCAGCUCUUCCUGCAAAGUCCGCUGCUACCGCAAUCCAGCCAGUGGCUGUAUACCCAACUGUACGGCAGCUACAGUGAUCUCCCGUGGCUAAGGAACGCAGCAGCCGCCGCGGCAGCCAAUAUCAAUCCCAGUCAGGAGAAUGUCGUUGGACCCACACUGCUGAGUGGCAAUCCCGAUCAUGAUGGUGUGAAUUUGAUUAAACGUUGUGUCACCUUGAUCACCCAUAAUCCACCGGAUGCGGAGAAUGCCAAUCCAAAUGCCUCGCCGCCGGUUAGUUCUACCCGGAGAUCACCGUCGCCCGUGGAGACCAUCGAUUUGGAUGAUGUCAGCACCACCUCGCGAUCGGCAAGUGGCUCAAGUGGUGGUGGUGCUGGCGGGCCCAUCAGGACGCGAACCCCAAAACCAUCGGCGGAUGUCUGGCGUCCCUACUAGCGGCUGGCGGCCGCCUUGCUCGGCACUUGUCUGGCGGCCCAAGGUCAGGGGGUGGAGGAGUUGGAGUAGUUGUGGGAGGAGCGGAACACUUAGCUGGUCCACUCGAAAAAGAAAAAGAUGAAUAAUAAUAGUUCAGCAGCGAGCUUGUGGUGUUGUGAAUAGUCGCCAUAUCGCAGCUGGCGGUGAUUGCUACUUGAAUUUGUUAGGUCUUAUUGGGAAAUCCCUUUAUCAGCUCUGUUUUCUUUAUAAAUUACACCAAAUUGUAUUCUCCGGAUUUGAUUUCCAUCGAAAUUACUUGAGUUUUGAAAUAAUUUAAGUCCCAUCCUUACUUAUUUUCUCAUUCACAUUCAGAUUAAACUGUAUAGCGUAGAAUGUGAAAUUUAAAACUAAUUCAAUUAAUGUUUUUAUUAUUAUUUAAAUUAUUAUUAUAUAAGUUAUAUAAACUGGAAUAUCUUUACUUAAAUUGCGCUUGAUACCAUCACAAAACAAAUGAAAAUUGUAAAUCUUCAAGUAGUUUUGUUCUUAAAUUUCAUACUUUAAUACUUUAAUAUGGCAUUUCAAUUUAAUACAUUUUUAUUUUAAGAAAUUAGUUAAGCUGCAAAGUGUUAAGUACAAAGUAAUAAAUGAAAUAAAUUGAAUUAAUUUAAAAUACUUAUUUCUGAUUUGUGAAAUUCGUACAUAUUGACUGCAAUAUUCUAAUUUCAAAUUUAAAAGUUGUUUGAAAUCCAAAAACGUUGAAUAUCAAAUUCAAGAAGCAAUACUCGCAUUAAGAAAUUUUUUGUGUUUUUUUGUAUGGUAAACCUUAAUGUAAGUGGCUCACAUAUCGAAUUUAAAUCAAUUAGCAUGGCCCUAAGAAUCAAAUAUAUAUACAAACAGUUGAAGGCGGGGGCUCACAUACAUAAUAAAUACGAAUAUAUACGAGAUCUGUGUACAUUGAACAUAUAUAUUGCUCUGUAUUUCCCCCUCCUAAAUCAAUAUUUGCUAAAAUUAAACAUAGAUGUUUAAGAAUAUACCAUUUUUUUUUGCAAGA